AUGCGUCUGAUAUUUAUCAUUCUAGUUGCACCCCUUGUGGGACUCGUAACGGCCCAGUUGUAUCAUCCGCUGCUUCCACCGACACCGCGUGUAGGAGAGUCUCACUAUUCGUACCAGCUGAAAAGCUUCCGUCAAGCACUAGAUGAGUGCGCAGAAUACCUUGUGAUUCCGCUGGAAGCUGUCGAACGAUUGGUUUCCGUCAGCUACGUAACGAAUGAAAAAGAGCUCAAAUGCUUGAUCCGAUGUGCCGGCAUUAGCUUGGGCUGGUGGAACGAUACGACGGGUCUUCAAAAUGCAGUGCUUCAAAAUUAUUUCCUGCCUGCUCCCGGGGACACCUGCUAUGUCGGCCGCACAAAGGAGUGCAUCGAAACUAAACUAGCCUUAUGCCAAGAUGAUUGCUCCAAAGCUUACGAAUCGUUCAUGUGCUAUUACCAUCAGUAUGGGAAUCUCAAAUGUACCAACGAAUACGUCCCGUUGACAUCACUUGAAGCCGUACAGGCAGCCGUAACGUGUAUCAACGCCCUGCAAAUUCCCGAUGAUCUGCUCGACCAAUAUAGUCGGGGCAUCUUUCCGGAGUGCCAGGAAACUAAAUGUCUCUAUAGAUGCCAGUAUCUGGCCGAAGGACUGUUCGAUGCCCGGCUUGGAUUCAGUCUGUCAAGGCUCCAAGCCCGUGAACAUGAUAAUCCAGAAGUAGAAUUCCUAGGCGAAAAUACCAGAGCUUGCACGGAGCUUGCUCUGCGAAGCAACUGCGACGAGUGUACGCGCUUCUAUCGGGCACACAAAUGCUUCCUGAAGUAUGGAGUUGCUGAACGGACCACCGCUGUUCUGGUGCAAGCAGCUUGGGUUGCCCUGGGUCAACACUCCUGCCGGCGACAAAAUCCGUUCCUUAUGCUGCCACCGUAUGCAGCACUGCCACACUUUGCUCACUUCCAGACACUCGUUCCACGGUACGUCUAUCCGCCGUUUAGAACUUGUCAAUUUUGCCUUAGAUGA